CGAAUCACAUGUUGCUGUGUUGUUAUUGCCAGCCAGAGCCGUACAGUCAGUGAAGGACAGAGCAGCGGCUGGAUUAACGUUAGACUCGGACUGCAUGGCAGGAUGACAUGCUCAGAUAACACGACGGCACAUGCAACACUGAUUAAAACCAACUGUCGCCGCAAGCGUGCGUUAAAGCUGUCGACGUCGCUUUGCGUGAAGACGUUCAGUCGCGUUUAGCUCGCCGCAGAGAUGGACGUGCAUCUGUGGGAUCAGCUCCAGGCUGGCAGCUCGGAGGUGGACUGGUGUGAGGGGAAUUAUCUCAUCUAUCCUGGAAUAGCGGAGUUUUAUAACACGAUAAGCAACGUGCUGUUCUUCGUCUUGCCUCCGAUCCUCAUGUGUUUGUUUCGUCAGUACGCCACACACUUCAACAGUGGCAUCUAUCUCAUAUGGACUCUGCUGGUGGUUGUUGGUAUCGGCUCCACUUAUUUCCAUGCGACGCUGAGCUUCCUGGGGCAGAUGCUGGACGAGCUGGCCAUACUGUGGGUGCUCAUGUGUGCCAUUGGCAUGUGGUUUCCCAAGAGAUACCUGCCCAAGAUAUUCCGCAGAGACAGAUCGAGGUUCAAAAUGGUCAUCGGCAUCCUCUCAGGGAUCACCACCUGUCUGGCCUUCAUCAAGCCAGCGAUAAACUCCAUCUCUCUCAUGACGCUGGGUAUCCCGUGCACAGCUCUUCUCAUCACGGAGCUAAAGAGGUGUGAUAACCUGCGUGUGUUUAAGCUGGGUCUGCUCUCGGGUCUGUGGUGGACUCUGGCGCUCGUGUGCUGGAUCAGUGAUCGCAUUUUCUGUGAGAUGUGGUCAUCUGUCAACUUCCCGUAUCUACACUGUGCCUGGCAUAUCCUCAUCUGCCUGGCGUCCUAUCUGGGAUGUGUGUGUUUUGCUUAUUUUGACGCGGCGACGGAGGCUCCAGAGCAGGGGCCCGUGGUCAGAUUCUGGCCCAGCGAGAAAUGGGCUUUUAUCGGGGUGCCAUACGUCACUCUUCUGUGUGUGCACAGGAAGCCCUCUAUUAAGGUGACUUAGUCUGUGCUUCCUAAGGGGUCUGACUACACUUCAAUGCACUUUGUAAUGGACUUUCACACAAAGGAGAAUCCUGGUUUUGCAUGUGGAUUUUGUUUUUGGGGAAGGAUGAUGGCAAAUCAGUGUUAUUCAUCUGAGUAUUUAGUUGCUUAACAGCACAAAAUCAGCUUUCAGUUUACUUUUGGGAAAAAAAAAAAAAAAUGUGUGAUGCGGGAUUUCAUGGUAUAAUGUUACAUGGUGUUUCACUGACGGUCAAAAGUUUGGAAUAAUUGUGAUUUUUUUGUGUUUUUGAAAAGUCUUCUGCUCACCAACGCUGCAUUUAUUUGAUAAAAUAUUGUGAAAUAUUAUUGCUUGAUAUUUUUGUGUAAACCAUGGUGCUCUACCAUUCAAAAAAUUUAGGGUAAUUAAAAACAAAAAAAGAAAGAAAUUAAUACUUUUAUUGAGCAAGGAUGCAUUAAAUGAUAUUUAUUAUGUUAAAUAUUUUUAUUUAAAAUAAAUGCUGUUCUUGUGAACUUUCUAUUCAUCAAAGAAUCCCAAAAAAGCACCAAUAAUAAUUGAUAAUUAUUGAGCAGUAAAUCAGCAUAUUAGAAUGAUUUCUGAAGGAUCACGUGACACUGAAGACUGAGCAAUGAUGCUGAAAAUACAGCUUUGAUCACGUAAAUAAAUUACAUUUUGCUAUAUAUUAAGGUAGAGAAGAGUUAUAUUAAAUUGUAAUAAUAUUUACUGUAAAUCUGAUCAACAAUAAGGGACUCGGUGAGCAUAAGAGACUGCUUUCAAAAACUUAAAAAGAAAUGGUAAGCAAUCCGAACCUUUAAUCGGCAGUACAUGUAUUAAAACAAAAAAGGAAGGGGACUUUUAAAAUACAUGUCCACACCAGCAAUUGAGCCUGUAAUCAAAUAUGAGGAUUAUGUUUAUUUGUACAUUAAAAUUGUGUGAAAUCUCAUUUAAUCUGCACCUGUAAUGAGGCAGAUGAGUGUUAUAUGACUACGUUAACACAAAGCAUGUUGUUUCACAGUAGUACUACUAGUUGCCUUUUUUGACAACAAUAUAUACAUUUAAAAUGAAAAGGUGCACCAAGUGAUUUUUCAUUGUUUGACUGGCUAACAUAAGAAAGGUGGACUUUAUAUUGACACGUGCAUUCAUUCAAAACAAUUAAUUUAUUUUGAAAUGGAGUCUUUAUCUCAUGUGAGGGUACAUCAUUUUAAGUACUAUUCAUUUAUUUCAAGUGGGAAAAUUACUUGGUGCACCUUUUUUGUGAGUAGUUACAGGACACACAAUCAUCUCCACCGUCAGGGAAAAACAUUGAGGUUAUUUACCCCAGUGUGUCUCAUCCGCAGACCUGAUACCUCUAUACUGAGUUACGAUGUCUAUAUUUAACGCAGCAUAAACUGGAUGCCAGAUAAUCUAAACUAUGUUGCACUACUGUGAAAUGAAUGCAGUGUAUUUGACUGAUUUUAAAACACUGCAUGACAAUAGUUUGCUCAACUGAAUGUACAGGAAAUCUCCCUUGAGAAAGAAAGUUUGUCCUUGCUUUUCUGAAUGUCUUCAGACAAAAAUGUUUAUAUAUAUAUAGCCUAAAAUGCUUUCUCAAUUUUUUUCCUUUAUUUCUACACUUAGCCUGACUUUAAAGGCUUUUUGCAGUUUGUAUCUUCGUUUGUCAAAGAACAAAUUUCCGUUGAUCAUUGCAAAACAGAACAGUGAUUUAUCCAAAUACCAAAAACCUUAAGUACAGUAUGCAAUAAAAACACAGAUUCAGCUGUUUGUACACAAGUGACACAUUCAUGCUGAUUUCUACCUAUGCCACAAAAUUGCAUCAGUAUUUCAAAGAGAAACUGAACAUCACCUCAGUUUCUUAAUGCUUCGCCACUCAUCCAGAGCUGUAGUUUUCUAAAGCAGUCUGAUUUUGUAUUUUUGUGUAACUUUCUGCUCAUGCAAUGCACAAUAUGUACUGUAAGCCAAUGCAAUGGCUAUUAACAUAUGUGUGUGUGAAAGAGAGAGAGAGUGUGUGCGUGUACUUGUUAUUGCUAUAUUGUGGGGGACCAAAUGUCCCCACAAGGACAGUAAAACCUGAAAUUUUUGAGGGAAAAAAUUAUUAAAAAUAGUAAAUGAUGUUUAUCUGAAAGUGUAACAAUGCAAACAUGUUUUCUGUAAGGGGUAGGUUUAGAGUUAGUGGAUGGAAAAUAUAAUUCCAGUAUAAAAGUAAUAGAAGUCUAUGGAAAGUCCCCACAAUUCACAGAAACAAACGUGUGUGUGUGUGUGUGUGUGUGUGUUUUCGGUCUCUGUCCCCCGGACCCAGAUGCAACACAGGGACCAAGUAUACAAAGACUAUUUAUUUUGUGACUUGUAACCGAUUAAUAAUUUUGUAACUACCACUAAAUAAUGGUUUUGUAACCAAAUGAGUUUGUAUUUUUACACCUUAUUUAAUAAAAACAUGCUGCAAAUGAA